GAAGAAGAAGAAGAAGAAGAAGAAGAAGAAGAAGCCGCCUGUCAGAUGGUGUUUGAUGUUAGCUUGACCAAAGCCUGUUGGGAAAAGUGAACAAAGCGGUGCUGUGUGGGUUGUUCUAGGUCCUAAUUAAGAGAAAAGGAAGCGAGGACCAUGCUGAGGGUUUGUCUGCGCGGAGUGAAGGCCACGGCCCGGAAGAACAGUGGGAGAACCCGUCUAACUAACCUGCAACACAACAGGGGAUACACAGCAGGAGAAAGCAGUGGUGCCUCCAGAGUGGUUGUUGCUGGCUUGUUGACGGUAAGCGGUGGCGUUGGAGGCACCAUUCUCUAUGCCAAAUGGGACCACAAGUUUCGAGCAGCUGUGGAAAAGAACGUUCCAUAUUCGGAAUGGCUGCUUGGUCUUGCUUUGGGACCUGCUCCUCAAGAUACAGGUCUCCCCAUCAAGAAACGGAUGGAGUCGCUCCAGCCACCCUCCAUGAUGGAAAAACAGAUGAGAACGCCCACAACCAAGCCUGAAAAGAAAUUAAAGGAGACAGCCGAGCAUCCGGCCCCAGAUGCUAGCUCUGCGUUGGUACAGUCUGCACAGAGCAUACAGGAGGCUUCAGCAGAGGCUACUCAGAUCAUCUCAGCCAUCAGUGAGGUCCAGUCAGUUCCUGCUCCUUGUGACACAGAGGCUGCAGCAACAGGCAGAGAGGAUUGCAAAGAAUGCAAUGACCAUACGGUUGCCAUGGAACCAACAGCUGUCCUUCAGAAGACAGACUCAGCUGGGACGGCAGAGCCUCUGACAGAGCGUCCAGUAGAAGAAGUGGCAGCUAGACUGGCCCAACAGGACCAGGAAGAAAACAACGUUGUUGCAUCUGUAUCGGCUAGUCUGGAGGACUCGUUGGCAAGCUCUGCUCAGGCUACGCUGCAGGCUAUUGGCGCUCAGGAGGCAGCUCUGCAGGCCAUCGGUCAGCACACCCACAAGCUGAAGGAGGCUAUGGAAGCAGAGGCUCCAUCUGAGGAGAAGUCAACCCAGUGGAAAGAUCUAGAAACUGCUCUCGCAGACAGAACCACUUCUAUGAAUGUUGCCAAGACUGCUCUUCUCAAAGCCAAUGAAGCCCUGGACAGUCUAAAGUCAGUGAUUGACAAGUCCAAAGGACUGAAGGUUGCAGCUGCACGGCCGCUGAUUUUAGCAGCAGAGGAGAAUCUCCAUAAAAUGGUAGUGGACUUGGACAAAGUGGUCUCUAAGGUGCAGUCGGCAGAGUCAGAAGCAAAGAUUGUGGCCCAGUACAGCGAACUGGUCAAUGAAGCCAAACAGCAGUUUCAUAGGGAAGUGAGUAGCCUUACUCCAGAGAUCCAAGCCAACUGGAAAGGGCUUACUGGUAAACUCUCAACAGAUGAUCUAAAUGCUCUGAUUGCCCACGCACAUCGGCGCAUUGACCAACUGAAUCGAGAGCUGGCUGAGCAAAGGGUCAGAGAGCAGAUCCACAUUGAUGCAGCACUGGAGCAGCAGAAAUUGGAGGACCAGAAAGCUCUGGAGAAAGCUGUUGGCACCGCACUGCAGCAUGUAAAAGAGGAGGCCCGACUGGAGCAGGAAAAAAAGCUCGCUGAGCUGAGAGAAGUGAUUGAGGCAGAGAUGAGAACACAACUCCGGCGUCAGGCAGCAGCUCACACUGACCAUGUUCGAGAUGUCCUCAAAGUUCAGGAGCAGGAGCUUAAAGCUGAAGCUGAGCAGGUCCUGAGCAGUAAGAUGCUGGAACAGGAGACCCGCUACCGUCAGCUUACUCAGGAACAGCUUGAUAACUUCACUCUGGAUAUGAAUGCUGCCUACGCAAGGCUGAAGGGAGUGGAGGAGGCCAUAGAUAGCCAUGUGGAAGCAGAGGAGGAGGCCCGUAAAGCUCAUCAGCUGUGGCUUUCUGUGGAAGCUCUCAACUACACCUUAAAAACUGCAAGCGCUGAAUCCCCCAGCAUGCCUCUGGAGGACGCUGCUGAGGCUGUGCGGGCCAGCUGUGUCGAUAGUGAUUUUGCCCUAGCUCUGGCAUCAGCUCUGCCGGAAAAAUCGCUGAAGCGUGGUGUGUACAGCGAGGCUUCCCUUCGUGCUCGUUUCUACUCCAUGCGAUCACUCGCUCGCAGGGUGGCUCUCAUCGACGAAUCCCACAACACCCUGUACCAGUACUUUCUGUCCUACAUUCAAGCUGCACUGCUUUUUGAGAGCCAACAGGAAGCCCCACCCACCCAACUACACAGUGAAGAUUUGGAUGCAUUCAAGCUCCUCUCUUAUGCCAGCUAUUGUCUGGAGCAUGGGGACCUAGAGUUGGCAGCUAAGCUGGUGAACCAGCUGCGAGGAGAGGCCAGGAGAGUAGUGGAGGACUGGCUAACUGAAGCUAGACUCACACUGGAAACCAGGCAGGUGGCCAGUUUGCUUUCGGCUUAUGCCAAUGCCGUGGGUUUGGGAACCACUCAGGCCCCGUAGCCGCCAUGUCAGCCAGGCAGCUUUGAAGGAAACUCCGGUACAUGCUUUUCUUUUCAGCGAUCACAACAGGCCAGAACGAUAGCACCUGUGUUGGUAGCAAGAUGGACUGAGGUUGGAUAUACAACAACAAAGGAAAGCUCAUUAGGUUUCAGUGGUGCGUUCACAUUAGUUAAUCCACAGAUGCGUUUAAAAUCACUAAGAAAAGAUGUAAUUCAAGUUUAGAUCUAGUCCUUGCCUUUGCUCUAGUUGGCAGCAUGUCAUGGUAUCUUAAUCCUAACAUUAAAUUAUGUGUUAUGCUGCGCUGUUGUGAAUAUUGCACAUGCUAAAUAAAUCAUGAUGAGGAAAGCCA